GGUGGGCGACAAAGCGGAGUCUCAAGAGGUAGGAGACGGAAAAUGGGAAGAAUUCGGGUAUGAUAAUACAGCCACUGUGGACUCCCGGAAUUUAUAAACAUCGGAACUGUGUCCAGACGUAAACUAGAUGCUCCAGGUCCUACGUUUGUGACAAACCGGGAAAUAAUUACGUGUCUUUGGCGGCGAAAGGGCCGGCAUCUUUAUUAGGGGCAAAAAUCCACAAGAUGUGUGCGCGGUGGCCAUCUUUAUAGGGGCUAGUUGCAGCGGUGCGCAUGUGCACCCUUAAUGUUUCGAGGGGUUUGGAGAGGACUCAACUAGCGAACUCAAACCGAAAGAAAUGUUUGUCUCAUCUGCAGUUUUAGACUUGAACUGACAGGGAUAACUUUUUCUCAGACUAUUACAAGAGCAGAAUUUGAAGAUAGGGAGCUCGAUCCAAGACUCAUACUUCUGGCAGUCACUCGAUCCCUCAGGAGCGGAUGUAUCUUUGUCUCUGACUGUCAAUUCAAACAGCAGUGGGACUGCAAACAGGAAUGGGCCAGAUUAUUGGAAAGGAAGGAUUUGCAGUCUGGAAGCCCAAACCAAACAUCAUGCCAGGACCUGACAGCAGCCCAUUUUGUUGUGACCUAAAUAUCAUUGGAUUUUGAAUAUGGAAGGAAAUUGCAGUAUUCACAUUGGAGAAAAAGCAUAUACAUGUUCUGUGUGUGGACAAGGCUUCAGCCAAUCAUCUGAACUGUUGAGACACAAAUCCAGUCACACUGGGGAGAAACCAUGGAAAUGUGGAGACUGUGAGAAGAGAUUCAACUAUCCAGUUGAGCUGGAAUCUCAUCGGCGCAGUCACACUGGAGAAAGGCCAUUCACCUGCUCUGAGUGUGGGAAAGGGUUCACUUUGUCAUGCAACCUAUUGGCUCACCAGCGAGUUCAUUCUGACCAGAGACCAUUUACAUGCCCAGAGUGUGGGAAGAGCUUUAAAAGUUCAGGGGAACUGAUGCGUCAUCAACGUGUUCACACCGAUGAGAGACCGUUCAGGUGCUCUCACUGUGGGAAUGGGUUCAGGCAAUUAUCUGACCUCACUGUGCACCAGCGCACUCACACCGGGGAAAGCCCGUUCACCUGUACAGAAUGCGGGAAGGGAUUCACUCGGUCAUCCCGCUUGCUAACUCAUCGGCACACUCACACUGGGGAGAGGCCAUUCACCUGCCCUGAGUGUGGGAAAGGAUUCACUAAUUCAUCUAACCUGUUGAAACACCAACAGGUUCACACUGGGGAGAGGCCAUUCACCUGCCCUGAGUGUGGGAAGGGGUUCACUCGGUCGACUGAUCUGCUGCAACACCGGCUAGUUCACACUGGGGAGAGACCGUUCACCUGCCCUGAAUGUGGGAAGGCAUUUACUCAAUCAUCUACCCUGCUGACCCACCAGCGAGUUCACAGUGGGGAGAGACCAUUCAUCUGCUCUGUGUGUGGAAAGAGAUUUGCUCACUCAUCCACUCUGUUGAGGCACCAGCAAAUUCACAAACUGCAAUGAUGGGAUCGUCAUGAUAAUCGCAUUCAGGACUGAACAAUAUUCAUUGGGAUCACUUUCUGCUGAAGCUAAAAACAUCAACCCACUUUUCAAGAAUAUUAAUUCUGGACAAAAACCAAAUCAACUCAGUGUUAAAUAAACUGUGUUGCAUCAUUUUAAAAUCGAUAACAUAAGUCAUUUCCUUGAGAGAUGCCUUCCCACUCCCCGUUUCCUCAAUUCUCACCUCCAACAAGAAUAAGGAGCAUGGACCUCUUCAAGGUUGUGGCAAGGGGAAAGAACACUACAUGUUGUAUAUUUGAAUUUUCAACAAGCAUUCAAUAAGAUGCCAUGUAAAAGGUUUCUGUGCAAAGUAAGAGUUCAUGUUGUUGGGGGUGAUAUAGUAUCAUGAAUUGAAUUGAAUCAUUUACUGUCACGUGUAUUCAAUGUUAAGAUCCAGUGAAAAGUAUGUACAUAUGUGGUGCUAUUCACAUUAACUUAGAAUAAGAUAAGAAAAAAAAACUUAAGAAAGUCCAACUUUCCUUUCUAUUGCCGCAGUCCCACUCAGGGCUUUCCAGCCCUCACCAUGCCGCUGCCAGUGUCCGGCUCUGGGAUGCCUCACAGACCCGCUCUUGCCAGCCCACUCUUGAUCCACUGCCGUCGCUCCGGCCCACCCUCGAUUUGCCGUCACUGCAGGUCACAAUCCACGCAUUCAGCUCCUGCCAUGUGAUUCCCAGUCGCAUCCGGCUCCAUCCCGACUCCUUAGGUAGGUAGUUAAAAUGGGUUAGGGGUUUAUAGAAUAACUACAGAGGGAGAGAGAAGAAGGGAGAAAAUAAAGGAAGGAUAAAGAAAGAAAGAGCGAGAGAACUGACUAGCAGAGUGGAGCUCCG